AGGGCCCAAUGUGGUCUCGGAGGAGCAGUUGUUCCACAUCAUCAACUGUUUUAACACCGGCACCAGCAAAGGCAUACUUUUAAGUGCAAACAUUCGGUGCAUUACUGGAUUUCCAAUACCCUUAUAAGCCGCUACAAGCUUCAUCAGCUGGGCUACUCGUUGCGGACACAAUGGAUCCCACCAAGGUGCGUCCGAGCUCAGCCUUCAACUCGCCGUACUGGACAACCAACUACGGUGCGCCAGUAUGGAACAACAACAACUCCUUGACGGUUGGUCCGCGUGGACCCAUCCUCCUUGAGGAUUACCACCUCGUCGAGAAGCUCGCGCAGUUUGACCGUGAGCGCAUUCCCGAGCGCGUCGUCCACGCCAGGGGUGCCACCGCCAAGGGCUUCUUCGAGGUCACGCACGACAUCUCCCACCUCACCGCGGCCGACUUCCUGCGCGCCCCAGGCGUCCAGACGCCCCUCAUCGUCCGCUUCUCCACCGUCGUGCACGAGAGGGGCUCGCCCGAGACCCUGCGUGACCCCCGCGGCUUUGCGGUCAAGUUCUACACACGUGAGGGCAACUUUGACCUGGUCGGCAACAACAUGCCGGUGUUCUUCAUCCGUGACGGCAUGAAGUUCCCGGACCUGGUGCACGCCUUCAAGCCCAACCCCAAGACGCACAUCCAGGAGAACUGGCGCAUCAUGGACUUCCUGUCGCACAUCCCCGAGAGCGCUCACAUGCUCACCUUCCUGCUCGACGACGCGGGCAUUCCGCUCAACUACCGCCACAUGCCGGGUUUCGGAGUGCACACCUUCAAGCUGAUCAACAAGGCGGGCAAGGAGACGUACGUCAAGUUCCACUGGGUACCCAAGUGCGGCGAGAAGUACCUGUUGCCUGAUCAGGCGGUGAUGGUGGGCGGAUCUUGCCACUCGCACGCCACCAAGGACCUGUACGACGCCAUUGCGGCAGGAGACUAUCCGGAGUGGACCCUCAUGAUCCAGACCAUGAACCCCGCGGACGAGGACAAGUACGACUUUGACCCACUUGACGUGACCAAGACCUGGCCCGUGGAGCAGUUCCCGCUGCAGCCGGUGGGUCGCAUGGUGCUAAACCGCAACCCGGACAACUUCUUUGCGGAGAACGAGCAGGUCGCCUUCUGCCCCGCCAUCAUUGUACCGGGCAUUGCCUACAGCGACGACAAGCUGCUGCAGACGCGCAUCUUCUCGUACGCGGACACGCAGCGGCACCGGCUGGGCCCCAACUACCUGCUGCUGCCCGUGAACGCGCCCAAGUGCCCGCACCACAACAACCACCAUGAGGGCUUCAUGAACUUCAUGCACCGGGACGAGGAGAUCAACUACUUCCCGUCCAGGUUUGACCCGGUCCGCAACGCCGAGCGGGGUGCGGCCGUGUCCACUGCGGCGCUGUCGGGCCGCCGCGAGAAGAUCGUGAUUGCCAAGGAGAACAACUUUGCGCAGGCGGGUGCCCGCUGGCGCUCGUUCGACCCGGCCCGUCAGGAGCGCUUCGUGUGCCAGGCGUACGACUUCCUGGCUGACGCGCGCUGCACGCAGGAGAUCCGGCGCAUCUGGGUGGGCUACUGGUCGCAGGCGGACCCGCAGCUCGGCGCGCGCAUCGCCGCCAAGCUGCAGGCGCGCGGCUGCCUGUGAGCGGGAGGGGUGGCAUACCCGUAGCCUCUCCUGUGCUGUCCGGUCCGCGGCCCGAGGAGGAGUAGGCCUUGUGCUGAAUGGGUAUCGGACGUGAGUCGAUCUUAAGCGGACGUGGGCCGAUUGAAGGACGGUGGGUCUUUUGUAAUGGAAAGACCCUCGGUCCUCGGCAAUGCUGCUGUACGUCGCGUUUGUUUGCACUUCUGAGGGUCUGGCCUGAGGGUCUGGCCUGCUAUGUAGCUUUGUCUUGACAUGCAACAUGUGUCUGUAGUGGAGGUGGUCGUGUGUUUUGUGUAUUCUUUUGCAGUAGAUGGGACUGCUUUCAUCGCCAGUUGUACGUAUUACAUAGUAGGUUGUGCUGGCAAGAGGGUUGCAAGGCAUGGAGUGGCGUGGAGGGACACCCUUGAUAAAAGGCAUGGCAUGAUUAGAAAUGCCAUCCAGUUAUAAAACAUGCAGGGCGGCCGAAAGAGCCCUGCAUGACACAGCGACUGGUGCGGCGUGGGAUGGAGACGUUCUCCGGAUUACCACUGCUGUUGCCGUCGGCAAUGAAAACUGUACGGCAAGCGCCUCUACCCUCUUGUAUGACCCGCACAUGUAUAUCUACAUUUGCUCCUGUCAUAAUCGGAAUUGUACUAGCAUUCGUAUGUUAUGUGUCUUCCCUCGUCUCGUUUGUUGCGUUUCACGAUGCACAAUAGUAUGGCGUCUCGCCGCACUGCAUAGUACGGCAAUACCGUCGGAUGUAAACCAUCUUUGUAUGAGGGGGGCUCAUGACGUCUUUUAACAGCUCUUGCUGCUGUGUAAGGACUGCUCGUGGCACCUGUAGAUGUGCACGGUUGACAGAUGGCCACCCGUUGCUGCUGUCCAUCAAAAGGGAACAACAUCAAUUGCGCAUGCACAAUGUUGCUGUUCUUGCUGCAUGUACUCGACUAUGCUCUUGUCCUACUCAACUAUACACCACUCGAUAGGCGUAUGCUCAGUGUAAGGCCGGGGGGGCGGGCCAUGUACGUUUCUUGCACGUGCAGCCGCUGGGGCCCGGCAUAACUACACCACAA